AUGGAGCAGCUCCGGCAGCUCGGCGAGGCGGUGGGCGCCAUCAACGCGCUCAUGGCGUUCGAGCCCGAGCUCCGCGUGAACCCGCGCCAGUGCCGCCUCCUGGCCGACGCGUGCGCGCACGCGCUCGCCGCCGUCACGGGGGAGGUGCGCGCGCACCUCCGCUUCGAGGAGCGCGGCGCCAAGUGGCGCGCCGUGGAGCCCGCGCUCCGCGAGCUCCACCGCGCGUUCCGCGACACCGAGGGCUACGUCCGCCACUGCCUGGACCCGCGCGGCGGGGGCAGCUGGUGGGCGCGCGCCGUGGCGGCGGCGCACGGCACCGAGUGCGUGGACCAGCACCUGCACGGCAUCUUCUGGUGCGUCGCCGUCGCGGUCGAGGCCGUCGAGGCCGCCGCGGAGAUCGCCGGCGACGACGCCGACGAGAUCGCGCGGAGGCGGCUGGUGCUCGCCAACAAGUACGACGGCAGGAGCAUGCUCGAGCCCAGGCUGUUCCAGCACGCCUACGGCAGGCUGUACCUGGUGUCCCAGGAGCUCGUUGCGCGGAUGGACACGGCGUGGAAGGAGGACAGGUGGCUGCUGUCGCAGCUGCUCGACGAGAUGAAGUCGCCGGCGGCGCCGAAGCCGCUGACGAAGAGCGAGCGCCGGCUCGCCGACGUCCUGGUCGCGCCGCGCGGAAAGCUGCACCCGGCGUCUGUCUUGCUCAACGGCGACUACAGCGUGCGGAGGCGCCUCGGCGGCCACCUCAAGGAGGCGCAUUGGAUGGGGGAGAGCUUCGCGGUGAAGCAUUUCAUCGGGGACGCCGAGGCCGAGGUGUCGAUGCUCUCGUCGGUGGCGCACCCGAACGUGGCGCACGCCGCCUACUGCUUCCACGACGAGGAGAGGAAGGAGUACUUCGUGGUCAUGGACCAGCUCAUGCCCAAGGACCUCGGCAGCUACGUCAAGGAGAUGAGCUCCCCGCGCCGGCGAAUCCCGUUCCCCCUCAUCGUCGCUGUCGACAUCAUGCUGCAGAUCGCGCGCGGGAUGGAGUACCUGCACGCCAACAAGAUCUACCACGGCGAGCUCAACCCGUCCAACGUGCUCGUCAAGCCGCGGCAGCCCGACGGGUACGUGCACGUCAAGGUCGCCGGGUUUGAGCGGCCGGCCGGCACCGUCACAAACGGCGCAAAGGCGUCUGCUAAUGGCAACGCAGCCGGCGGCGGCGGCGACGACACCUGCAUCUGGUACGCGCCGGAGGUUCUCGAGCAUCAGGAGAGCCGCGACAGGCACACCGAGAAGGCGGACGUGUACAGCUUCGCGAUGAUCUGCUUUGAGCUGCUGACGGGCAAGGUCCCGUUCGAGGACAACCACCUGCAGGCCGACAAGACGAGCAAGAACAUCCGCGCCGGCGAGCGGCCGCUGUUCCCGUUCCAGGCGCCCAAGUACCUGGUCGCCCUGACUAAGCGGUGCUGGCACGCCGACCCGGCGCAACGCCCGCCGUUCGCCUCCGUCUGCCGCGUCCUCAGGUACGUGAAGCGGUUCCUGGUCAUGAACCCGGAGCAGCAGCAGGGACAGCAGGCAGACGCGCCGCCAGCCGCGUCGGCCGCCGACUACCUCGACAUCGAGGCGCAGCUUCUGAGGCGGAUCCCGGCGUGGCAGCGGGGGCAGGGCGCGCCCCCGCGCGUGGCGGACGUGCCGUUCCAAAUGUUCGCGUACAGGGCCGUGGAGAGGGAGAAGACCGCCGUCGGCGCGCACGCCAGCAGGGACAGGGCCACGGAUUCCGGAAGCGAGGAGAACUCGCUGUGCAGCGACGAUAACAGGGUCGGGGCGACCACGCCAGACGACGACGCGUCCACCGUGUCGGGCAGCACCGUGAGGUCGCGCCCGGACAGCAGCGACGGCAAGAAGACUCCUCCGGUCAGGAAGGCGGACGGCAAGACGGCGCCCAGACAAGGAGGGUCUCAGCAGAAGGUGAAACCGGCGAGCGCGGUGAAGCCUCCGCCGGCGACAAGGAAAACGCUGGGCGUGAAGCCGGAGCUUCCGGCGCGGCGGCCGUCGUCCGGGCAUGCCUCGGACUGA